CAGCCGCCAGCCCCCAGCAGUGCACGGAGCUCUGGAGAGCAGACAUCACCUCCCUCCUCUGCAGCCCAAGAACCAAAGACCCCUGCACCGCCAUGCCUGAGCCGGAGAGAAAAUCCAAGAUCACAGCCUCACGCAAACUCUUGUUGAAGAGUCUGAUGCUGGCAAAGGCAAAGGAGGAGUGGGAUCAGGAGAUCUUGGACAAGCAGGCAGAGAAGGAGCGGUACCUGUCGGAGCGGAUUGCACCCCUGCACACCAGCGGGCUCUCCUUGAGCCAGCUCCAGGACCUGUGCAAGGAGCUGCAUGAGAAGGUUGAAAUUGUGGAUGAGGAGAGAUACGACAUCGAAGCCAAAUGCAACCACAACACUCGGGAGAUUAAAGAUCUGAAAAUCAAAGUCCUUGACCUGCGAGGGAAGUUCAAGCGCCCUCCCCUCCGCCGGGUCCGUGUCUCAGCUGAUGCCAUGCUCAGGGCUCUGCUGGGCUCCAAGCACAAGGUGUCCAUGGAUCUGAGAGCCAACCUGAAGUCUGUCAAGAAGGAGGACACAGAGAAGGAACGCCCCGUGGAAGUGGGCGACUGGCGCAAGAACGUGGAGGCCAUGUCAGGGAUGGAGGGGAGAAAGAAGAUGUUUGAUGCUGCCAAGUCACCCACGGGCCAGUGAGAGGAGCAUCGGGAAGAAGAGUCCCCUGUACCCCUGCUGCUCCCUGUCCCUUGCUGCCCCUUUGUGCUCUUUGUGCCUUUACCCCGAGGUCACCACUGACCUGAAACACGUGGACAACUGGGAGGGAAGGAAACCUGAGCUGCUUUCUUUCAGCCCUGCCAUCACCCCUGCUCCUGCAUGGCCCCAGCACAGCAGCUCCUCAGUGUCACCUGCACAGGCCACUGUCCCCAAGGGGCCACCCAUCACCCCUCUCCUCCCACCACUGCAGAGGUCUCAGGGUGCUGCUGGUCCUCCCACUGCUGCUGGU